ACCAAGGAAAGAGCAGGGUUUGGGUGUGUAGGGUUUUAUUAUUGUCUUUGAUUCUCUUCUCUCGAAAAGAGAAUUAGGGUUUUAAAACAAUGUCUCAGAUCUUGUGCCGACGACUCUCAAAGCUUUCAAUAUCCCGGAACCAGAUCCUCUGUUUCCGUCGGUCGGAAUUCUCUACGGCCACGGCGACGGCUACGACACCGUAUCUCCUCCUCGGCACCGAUCUUGUCGGAAAAUCUCCUUGUGGUGGAAAAGUCGUCAACUUUAACCUCUACGAUCCGAGGAAGCAAGAGCAAGUGAAGAUCGAAAACAAGAUUCUAUCAAAAGAAGUCUACAAAUCUCACAAGUUAGGAUCAUCAAGAGGAUGGUUAGCUUCGUUGAACAAGAAAGAUUCAACAGUGCGUCUCACUAACAUCUUAAACCCUUCGAAGAAGAUCAUAUCUUUACCUCCACUAACCAGAGACAAAUAUGAACACCAUGUUAAUGUCUCUGUCUCAUCUUCAAAUGAAGAAGACUGUGUGGUCGCCGUCAAGUUUUUCGGGUCACGAGUCAGUCUUUGUCGACCUGGUGACUCCGAGUGGACUCGCAUCGACGUGCCUUGCCCAUCUUUCCAUUCUUCCACCGUCAUUUACUCCGAGAGACACCGGAAAUUUUACUUGAACAAUUGUAACCCUGACUAUACCGGUCCGACCGAUUUCACACCGAAAUCCGGUUUACCCACUCCGGUUAGUGGCUACAAGAGAUUUCUCUUCUCUAACUUUCUUGACGAAUUGCCAGAGUUGGAGGACGAAAUGCGUCUCUCUCGUUUCAGGAUCCAACAACAACUAGUCGAGUCAUCUUCGGGCCAAUCCUUCAUCGUUGCAUGGUUUGUGGAGAGAUUUACGGACAAAGGAGAAGUUGCGCCAUGGGAAGAUACACGUUACAGAAAAAGCAAAGACCUUUGCAAGAAGACCCACAAGAUCAUGGUGUUUAGGCAAGACGAAGAGCAAGGGAUUGGUCCUUAUACCGAUGACAUUGGAAGACCCUUCUCUUCAAUUUCCCUAAAACCAUCGCCUAAAACCCUAACCCCACACCAAAAGUCCUCCUUUGAAUCAACUCUCCACCAUUCCCUAAUCACCCACGACACUGAUCAAGCAUGGAAGGUCUUCCGAUCCUUCGCCGCCGCUUCUUCUCUCCCCGACAAGCGUCUCCUCAAUUCUCUCAUCACCCACUUGUCCUCCUUACACCACGCAGAUCAAAACACCUCCCUCAGGCACAGACUCAAGCGUGCCUUUGUUUCCACGACUUACGUUAUCGAGAAAGAUCCGAUUUUGCUUGAGUUUGAGACCAUCCGUACGGUUCUGGAGUCAAUGAAACUAGCGAAAGCUUCCGGACCAGCGUUGGCUUUGGUUGAGUGUAUGUUUAAAAACAGGUACUUUGUUCCUUUUGAUCUCUGGGGGCAUUUGAUUAUCGAUAUCUGUCGUGAAAAUGGAAGCUUGGCUGCGUUUCUUAAGGUUUUUAGGGAAAGUUGUAGAAUUGCAGUAGAUGAGAAGCUUGAUUUUAUGAAACCGGAUUUGGUAGCUAGUAAUGCGGCUCUUGAAGCGUGUUGUCGGCAGUUGGAAUCUCUGGCUGAUGCUGAAGAUGUAAUUGAAUCUAUGGCUGUUUUGGGUGUGAAGCCUGACGAAUCGAGCUUUGGGUUUCUUGCUUAUUUGUAUGCAAGAAAGGGGCUUCGAGAGAAGAUAAGUGAGCUUGAGAAUUCGAUGGAUGGUUUUGGGUUUGCAAGUAGAAGAAUCUUUUAUUCUAGUGUGAUCAGUGGAUAUGUUAAGAGUGGUGAUUUAGAUAGUGUUUCUGAUGUUAUACUGCAUAGUCUUAAAGGAGGUGGAGAAGACUCGAGUUUUGGUGAGGAAACGUACUGUGAAUUGGUUAAAGGGUUUAUAGAGAGUAAAAGCGUUAAGUGUUUAGCCAAACUGAUAAUCGAAGCUCAGAAGCUGGAAUCUCUGUCCGUUGACCUAAACGGUUCAGUUGGGUUUGGAAUCGUAAAUGCUUGUGUCAAGCUCGGUUUUUCGGGUAAAAGUAUUCUUGAUGAAAUGAAUGCUCAGGGAGGAUCUGGUGGGAUUGGGGUGUAUGUACCGAUCUUGAAGGCCUAUUGCAAAGAAGGCAGAACAGCUGAAGCUACUCAGCUGGUUACAGAGAUCAGCAGCUAUGGGCUUCAAUUAGACGUUGAGACCUAUAACACUAUGAUUGAAGCUUCCAUGACGAAACAGGAUUUCCUAUCUGCGCUUACACUGUUUAGGGAUAUGCGAAAAACAAGGGUAUCAGAUUUGAAAGGAUGCUACUUAACAAUAAUGACAGGUCUCCUUGAGAAUCAGAGACCUGAGUUAAUGGCAGAGUUUGUGGAGGAAGUUGUGGAAGAUCCUCGCGUAGAAGUGAAGUCCCAUGAUUGGAAUUCGAUUAUCCAUGCCUUUUGUAAAUCUGGGCGUCUAGAAGAUGCAAAGAGUACAUUCAGAAGGAUGGCUUUCCUUCAGUAUGAGCCAAAUAACCAGACAUACUUGUCGUUGAUCAAUGGAUAUGUGAGCUGCGAGAAGUACUUCGAGGUGGUGGUUUUGUGGAAAGAGUUCAAAGACAAGAAUGCAAAACUGGAGCAUGCUCUUGCAGAUGCGUUCUUGAAUGCAUUAGUCAAAGGAGGGUUCUUUGGCACGGCAUUGCAAGUGAUAGAGAAAUGUCAGGAGAUGAAGAUAUUUGUGGAUAAGUGGAGGUACAAGGCAACGUUCAUGGAGACUCAGAAGAACCUCAGAUUGCCAAAGUUGAGGAAGAGGAAGAUAAAGAAAAUGGAGUUGCUUGAUGCCUUUAAGAACUGGGUUGGUCUUACCACAUGAAAAAACCUCUCAACGAUCAAAUCCAAAACUUGUCUUUGUGCGGCCAAGAUAAAAUUAAGGAGCUAAU